AUGUCCAGUAGCCUUUGGGGGAGGGAAGAUGUGGGCUUCUUCAGUACUGAAGUCUCUCAGGAGGCUCCCAGUGGCCACCAGAGAGCCCAGAUCCACCCUGCAGCACGUGGGGCUGUUGCACCCAGAGUUGGUAUGGACCUGGAUGAAAAUCUGAAAGAGGAACCCUCCUCACACCAGGAAGCAAAUAACGUGGAUAAAAGCACAACAAAAACAGAGAGUGCUCGGCUCUUCAGGAUGUGGUAUGGCUUUGACCACAAAUACCUGAAACCAAUUUUAACGCACUCUGGUCCUCCUCUGACCACCACGUUACCUGCAUGGUGUGGUCCAAUUUCCAGGCUGCUCACCAGUCCUCAGGCCUAUGGGGAACAGCUAAAAGAAGACGAUGUGGAAUGCAUUGUAAACCAGGAUGAACUAGCCAUGAACUACCAGGAGCAAGCCCCUGCACCCUGCAGUCCUCCUGCAAGGCUGGGUCUAGACCAGAAAGCUCCAGCCCAGACUCUGAGCAAGGAAAACAUUUAUGAUGGAGACCUCGGGCUAGGAGGCUAUGAGCUCAAGCUUGAGCAAACUCCGGGUCAAUCCCAGCUGAAUUAA